GGGGCCGCAUGAGCACGAGCCGCGGCGCGCGGGACGCCGCCUGCACCGCCGAUCUGGGCGCGCAGUACGUCACGCGCCAGGCCGAGCCCGCGGGGCCGCGCUGCAGCUUCUAUGAGGAACUUCUAUCUCACGGCAUCUUGAAACCACUGACGGCACCCAUUGAAGGAAUGGUAGUGAAAGAAGGCUCAUGCAAUUACAUGGCACCCCAGGGCAUCUCCUCGGUUGUCAAGUAUUAUUUAAACAAGUCAGCAGGUGCAGAUGUCUUCUAUGAGCAGCAUGUAACUUGCAUCUCUCUCCGAGAUGGGAAAUGGGAAGUCUCCAGGAAAAUGGCACCACCAGAACAGUUUGAUAUAGUUAUUCUCACAAUGCCUGUUCCACAAAUUCUUCAGCUGCAAGGUGACAUUGUAAACAUAAUUAAUGAAAGUCAAAAGCAGCAACUUGAAUCUGCAAGGUACUCCUCCCGCUACGCUCUGGGACUUUUCUAUGAAGCUGGUACCCGGAUAGAUGUCCCCUGGGCUGCACAGUACAUCACCGAUAAUCCCUGCAUACGCUUCAUCUCCAUUGAUAAUAAGAAACGCAAUAUAGAGUCUCCUGAAAUUGGACCCUCAGUUGUAGUUCACACAACUGUGACGUUUGGAAGCAAGUACCUGGAUUCAGACCCUGGGGAGGUGCAGCAGUUAAUUCUCAGUCACCUGGAGAGGAUUGUGCCAUCCCUGCCUAAACCUGCCAGCAUCAAGUGUCAGAAAUGGAGAUACUCUCAGGUUACAAAAGCUGUGUCCAAUUGUCCAGAACACAUGAUUCUUCAUACUCAACCUCUCCUGAUUUGUGGGGGCGAUGGAUUUACUCAUUCCAAUUUUGAUGGCUGCAUAGAUUCUGCUAUGAGUCUUGCAGAGGCUGUGAAGUCUCAUUUAUAGCAAUUUCAAAGUCAGCUGCUAAACACAGUUAAGAGUUUUGAUGAAUUUUACUAUGAUGGAUUGAAUUCUAGUUUAGUGUUAACAUCACUGUCCUCUAUCUUGCAAAAAUAAAGAAAGGAACAUCUAUUGAUGUGCUGUAGGAAUUAUUGGGAGGGCAUUGAAUUGAAUUUUCCAGGAUCUGUGCUGUGAGUGGUUACUUUGCUUGAAGUAAAGCUUUUUCUGGCUCUAGUUAGAGGCACUGAGUUCCAGCAGUCUUGCUAGGUCUCCUGAUACUUUUGCAGCCCAUGAAAAUUAUGUCAAGGAGAGGAGCCUAACUUGAAGCAGCACAAAACCCCAUGGAGCUGCAGAGUUUACUCCUUCUCUGAGCAUUUGGAGCUCUGGAAGUCUCAGAAGUAACAUGCACAAUUGAUUCCAGAGCUUUCAUGUAUACAUGUGGUCAUUUCUUCUGGUGCAGAUCAGCCCUGGUCAUGGUGGUUGUGUUGGCCAUGGGUAAUCAGUGAUGGGGCAUACCUUGCUGUGCUUCUCAAGUUGGACAGCCUAUGCAAGGUCUAACCAUGUCUCCAGGCCUGGACAACUUUUAAGUGAGGGAUAGUAGUUGUCUGCUGAUCAGCUUUCAUAGCCUACAGUUUUCUGGACCCCUAGUUGCACGAUACUGGAAGAGCUCAUUUAAGAGCUUGAUAUUACUGGCAAUAAUGUGCCACUGAAAGAUAGUACCUGUCCUGGGUGUGGUUUAAGGAGCAUCAGCCCAGCUGUACUCAUAAAAGAAAGAAUGGAUAGGUGGUGUGAGACAAGGUGUGCAUGUUUCCAGCGCUCUCAUAGCAAUAGGGCUGCUAUCGCAGAGGUGUCUUGGGAAUAGGCGUUGAUAUCUGGGCUGUAACACGAGUUUAACACAGUAAAACAAACUGGCAGGGCAUGUGGAUGCACCUAAAAUAGCUCAAUAUUUACCAGGUUAGAGAGUUGCCAGUGUAUUAUGGCUCUCUGCUGGUCCAGGGUCUCCUGAAGAAGGAGCAGCCCUUUCCUCCUUCCAGAUGGUGGAGGAAUCGGGGUAGGAGCAGCCAAUACAGAAGGUGGUUUGGCUGCUUUGCCUAGCAAAUGCCAAGAUGAAGGAGGAAAAAGAAUUUAUCUAAGCAUGGUCCAUGGCAGUGUGUUAAUAAGAAAACUGUGCUCACAUUUCAGGCUUAGGGUUACAUCACCACCACCAUAAAUACUCAUUUAAAGUAAACAGCCAGUCUGAAAGUAAGGUGAGUUCUAGACAGCUGUAUAUUUUGGCAGAACAGGUGCAGAAAUAGAGGGACAGGCCCAGGGAAGGGUAUAAAUACAUGUGUGAGUGAAUGGACAAGGAAUUUGAUUUGUAAUACUAAAAAAAAAUAAACAGCAAGUAUAAUUGUGUUGAAAAUACUAUCUGUCACAGCUUCAAGUACUUCUAAGGUACUACACUGUAUUUCUGUGUAGUCAAGUUUGAGAUUGCUCAGAAAUUAACAAGAAAUCAUUAAUUUAUUCUAAAUUUGACUUUAGCUUGCCCUUCCUCUUAAAUCAUGUCACAAGUUUAGUACCUCUCUCUACUACAGCGCUAAAAAUAACAAAAUGCUGUUUCCAGCAGACAGAAUUUUAGCCGUUAGAGAAGUACAAUUCAGCCUCUUCUACCUCUGCAUUUCACAAAAAUCCGACAUGCUGUGUUCUGUAUAACUGAACGCUGUAAUUUAGUACUGCGUUUGACCAUUUCUAAUGCAGUAUUGUAAGUGACACCAAGAACUUUAAAACUUAAGUUAAUUUUAAAAAGAUAUUUGAAGGAUAUUUCAGGAUACCAUGCGCUUUUAUUGAUUUUUUUUUCUUUCCAUGAAGUCUUUGAGUUUAAAACUAGGUGGUGUUACUGUGUUUGAACCCCCCAGCUCCCAACCCUCAAGUUUUAAUAACUUCAUCUUGUGCAGAAACGGGGAAGACUGGUAGUCAUGUACAUGCUCAAAUCCUUCAAAUAGGCAUGUCAUCUCCUGUUUUCCAUGGAUAGCCACAAAGAGCCACACAGUCAUAGAAUAAAUCUAAUCUGGUGAGGCAUUCAAUAGUGGCUUGAUUUAGCAUGAGCUCAAGAGCAACCAAAGUGCCAGCUGAAAGAAGGUUUUAUGUUGCAGUGUUGGAAAAACUUUAUCAAAGUCCUGCUGGGUUAUUGGUUCCCCUGGAAGACGUCGCCGUGGCAGGCAGAUCAACAGUUGCUGCACCCAUGGUGAUGGUUUCUGAGGACCCAUCCCACCUGUCUGCCUUCAUCCAAGCUCUGCCUUAGUGCACAGAGAAGGAUGUGGGUCCUUUUCUUGAAGGGGUGAAGGAUCAGGCUGUAACUAUAAGGCGUCUUUCCAGAUUCUUUGGUUGUGCUGUUUUCCUCAUCUUCACUCUUUGUGCUCUGCUCCUUUCUUCAAAGAUGGAUUUUGCAUUAAAACAUGCUAAGAUUUGCACUUCCUGUUCCUUCAAUUUUGAAUGGAAGCAAGCCAAACCACUAAACAUCCAAAUAAAGAUAAAUCCUGAAAGCGUGUGACAUGCAGAAAACUGAAAAUGGGGCACCUUUGACAUAAUGCUCUGUUGCUCCUCUCGCUGCCUCGCAAACAGGCGUGCUCCACAGAGUCAUGAUGCUCUCUCAGGAAACUUAUAUCAGCAGCAGCCUUCAUGCCACAAGUGACAGAUAAGUGGAGAUGUCUCUGAGCCCAUCCUUUCAGCAAUCUUCCAGCUUUGGUCAUUAUGAGACCUCAAAAUACUAUAAGAUAAUAAGCAAAUCACAGAUUCAGAGAUUUUUCCAAUUGUGAGAUUUUUGAUGUAGAGGUUUUCAAGCAUGAAUCACAGUGAGUCUCAAAUUGCUCCCAUCCCCAUAUCGCAGAAUCAUAAAAUGGUUUGUGUUGGAAGGGACCUUCGAGAUCAUUGAGCUCCAACCCCCCCUGCCCUGGGCAGGGACACCUCCCACCAGACCAGGUUGCUCAAAGCCCCAUCCAGCCUGGUCUUGAACCCCUCCAGGGAUGGGGCAUCUACAUAUCAUGACAGUCUAUCGAAACGCCUCUUUCCUAUAGCUUCCUCCCAGAUUAAGACAAUUUCAACCAAAAAGACUUGGGUUUUUAAGGUGGAGUAGAAAAGUUCGUGCUCCUCUGGACGUGCUCCAGACAGCGGGCACUUAAGGGUCUCUGUGGCAAUAUCUCAUUUUCUAGAUGUGAGCAGGGAGACGAUGAUAUUAACUUUCCUGUGCAAGGUGGGUGAUGAGUGCCAGUAUUUCAAAGAGGCCACUGUAUCCAAAAAGAUGACAGCAGAAGAGACUUGUUUGGUUGAUUUCCUGGGCUUUUCCCUGGGUGGACAUAAUUUUUGAUUAACUGGCGGAUCCAUCAAUUACAACCCCUGUCUCCUUGUGCCGAGACAAGGGUGACAGCUGUGUCUGAUCUCCUCUAUGUCACAAGCCACAGCUAGUGCCCAAAGUUGAAUUAAAGCAUUUCAGCCCUCA